UGGGUAUAUAACACAGGCGUCCACACCCUAACACCACACUCGCUUCCUUGUCAACACCCAACCAUGAUCACGGUGCUGGUAGUGUUUGCUGUGGGGACGGUCGUCAGCGGCCGACCUCAGCCUGGCAGAGCUCUUACAGGUUUCCGCGCUGCCCAAUACCAACUUUUUCGCCAGAGAUCACAAAAUAUUGCAUUUCCUUCGCCAUUCACUGCUCCUGCUGGUUUAGGAGCUGGAGCAAGUCAGGUUCCCUUCCCGCCAAAAGGACAGCCUGGUGUUCCUCCGCCAUUCUCUGCUCCUGCUGGUUUAGGAGCUGGAGCAAGUCAGGUUCCCUUCCCGCCAAAAGGACAGCCUGGUGUUCCUCCGCCAUUCUCUGCUCCUGCUGGUUUAGGAGCUGGAGCUAGUCAGGUUCCCUUCCCGCCAAAAGGACAGCCUGGUGUUCCUCCGCCAUUCUCUGCUCCUGCUGGUUUAGGAGCUGGAGCUAGUCAGGUUCCCUUCCCGCCAAAAGGACAGCCUGGUGUUCCUCCGCCAUUCUCUGCUCCUGGUGGUUUAGGAGCUGGAGCUAGUCAGGUUCCCUUCCCGCCAAAAGGACAGCCUGGUGUUCCUCCGCCAUUCUCUGCUCCUGCUGGUUUAGGAGCUGGAGCAAGUCAGGUUCCCUUCCCGCCAAAAGUACAGCCUGAUGUUCCUCCGCCAUUCACUGCUCCUGCUGGUUUCGGCCCUGCUGAAAGCCAACGACCAUUCCUAGACCCACCAAGGCGACCACCAGCACCUCCACCCGUGCCCUCAGGAGACGUGAUUCCCAUCCUGGUUGACGAGCGCGAUGGACCUCACCCAGAUGGUUCAUACAGCUUCAACUUCGAGACUGGUAACGGCAUCAGUCGCUACGAGCAUGGCGCCCCCCAGGGGGAGACUGGCGCCGUGGUGUCUCAGGGAGGAUGGUCAUUCACCUUCCCUGACGGCACCCCAGCAGUCUUCAACUUCGUGGCCGACGCUGCAGGUUACCAGGUACAGUCUGACCUGCUGCCCACGCCCCAUCCUCUCCCCGCCCACGCCAUUGCCCAGAUCGAAUUCGCCGAACAAGAAAGAGCCCGGGCAGGUCUCGCCGGGGACAAAACAUACAAUAUCUAAGGAUCCUUCAUCUCCUUCAACCACCAAACAUAUCCUGGUAUAAGUCCCAAGGAUACUCAAGAAAUCUUAAUACUCCCACCAUAAUAAAACGCCACUGUAUGCAAUAGACGGGCGAACAGAAAUGCCUGUCGUAGCUUCAUUGAUACUGCAAGGUGGUGGGGAAAACAACGCCAGACCCUGUUUACUGUUACGACUACCGCUGCUUCUUAUACUGGCUGACGACAACUUAGUAACCUGAAGCUUACCAUCGUUUUUGUUGCUUCUUAUCAUACUGGCUGACGACAGCUUAGUAACUUGAAGCUUAACAUCGUUUUCGUUUGUCUUAUAUUAACAAGCUGUUGUGUUUCACUUUUAUUGUUAUUGUUGCCAUAUGACUCAAAUAAAGACACCCAUGAAAUAUA